AAUUGUGCUACACUUCAGGGCAACUUACGGAAAUUGGACAGUUAUGAAGAUAUAUCGACAACUUCACAACGAUCUUCACACGCAUUAACUCUUCGAGCUCAGUCAACGUCGUGCCUGGAUUUGAAUACUCCCACCGACAUCGAUAAAUUACGAAGUUUACUUCCAUCAUACAGACAGGCCCCAGACUAUGAAACUGCGGUCCAACAGAAAUAUCGCAACUCAUCAAGUGCAAUUCAAAAUCGAGAACCUUUACACAACACUCACGCUAUUUUGUACAGUUCACAACCAGAAAUACACCAAACCGAUGGUUACUCCUCCCACCUGUGUUACCCGGAUGUAACUCACAAUAACAUUGAGCAGAAAAAUUUGAUAUCCACACUUUACAGUGCACCAUACACACAAUCACAAGGCAUGGUCAAUUUAACCGAAAGCAUGGGACUUUUACACCUUUAUAAACCUCCACCCCCAUACCCGAGCAAUAGAAUUAACUCAAAUUCUACUCCAGAUUUAGCUGGGCUUACGCAACAACACAACACUCAAAUUAGUUACAUUAAUAACAUUGUCUCCGGAUCUAGUCCUGAUUUAGUAUCAAAUGGAAACAUCAUCAAUCAGCAGUAUUUAAAACAGUACGGUCAAGCGCUUUACCCACAGCAACAAACUGAUCCCGUCCAUCGAUCGCACAGCUACCUAUCUGCACCUCAAGGACUGCCCCAAGCUGUAAUCGUCGAUAAUCCAAAUGUAACGAAACAUAUUAAAAAGGUUUAUGACGAACAUGGCAAUAUAAUCUACUGUAUGCCCGCAAAUAUGAAACAAAUACUGCAAGAGAAUAAACUACCAAGUACAGGGUUCGUAGUAACACGCAACCAAAAUGCGGUUGUCACACACGUUCAAGACUUGAAUAACUCCUGGGAGCCAAUCUACGAAAAUAUUCCACUCCCUUGGCAAAACGACGGUGGGGAAAUGCGAUCGCGUACCCAAAGCGUACAGUCGGCCCCAGAAAUUAGUCAAAUACUAAAUCAUACCCUAAUAAAUAACAUGACGGCUAACAUGCAACACUCAAAUGACAAAUCGAAUCGAGAAAACCUAUACGCCAACAUAAACCGAAGCGGAAAUAGUAAUAAGUCUUCCAAAAAUGAUUUGGUCGGUAGUACCGGAAGCUUAAUAAAUCAAUCGUCUUCGCAAAACUUGACACAAAUUUCCACGAGCACCGCUUUUAGUAAUAGUUCCACCGACACGUCCAUGACCAAGAUGAAUAAUACAUUUACAGUUGGUAAAUCGGCGAUGAGCACUCCUCUACCGGAAAGUAACACCAGUAGUGAGAUCAUUAGCGAUAUCAGCAACAGCUCGGGUAACAGUUCAGGUAAGACAAAGAGGAAACGAUGGGGUAUCUUAAUGGGCAGGAGUAAAUCAAACGAAAAAGUGAAAAGUGCGACGUUGGGAAGAGAGAAAGAGAAAAACAAGGAAAAGAACCAAACCAACCGUCAUAGGUGGUCGACAGGUCUACCGCGUUUGUAUCCGUUACCACCUUCGAUUAGUAAGGAAACAAUGUGCCAAGUCUUAGAAAAUAAGCUUGCCGAUAGUCAGUUGUUUUUCGAAUUUGACAAGAUACCUAAGAAGAAGCAGAACGCCGAUUUUACCACCGCCUUGCACCUCGACAAUGCGAAGUACAAUCGUUACAAGGACGUCUUGCCCUACGAAGAUAAUAGGUUAAGAUUGACUCCGACUCGAGAAAAUAAAUUUGGAUACAUUAACGCGUCGCAUAUUACCGCAACAGUUGGCAGUAAACAACGAUUCUAUAUAGCAAUGCAAGGACCUACGAAGCUUACGAUACCACAUUUUUGGCAAUGCGUUUGGGAAGCAGAGGUAUACCUUUUAGUGCAGCUCACUGAACUUUUGGAAGAUAUUAAUUAUUUACCAAAUGCGGAACAACGCUGUAUUGAUGCUAGUCAGGACUAUCAAAUUUGGUGGGAGUUCUCCCAAAAAACCGGCCAUUGCAUAACGAGUAAAAUACGUCUGUGCCAUGUUUCGUCGCGUCGAUAUAGAACUUUAUGGCAUCUUCAUUAUACCGAUUGGGGCGAGCACGGCUGUCCACAAUCGGUGUCACAUUUCCUCGGAUUUUUGGAAGAGUUACAGUCGGUACAGCAACACUCGUUAGAGGAAAUACCACCGGGACACAACAAAAAUCCUCCGGUUCUCGUGCACUGCACCGCAGGCGUUGGGAGAACUGGUUUGACAGUAUUGGCAGAUCUUUUACUUUACACGGUAGAUCACAAUCAGGAGGUGGAUGUAGCUAGAGUCGUCGGUCUGUUACGUCACCAACGCCCAUUUAUGGUACAAACAAUUGCUCAAUAUCGUUUCGUGUAUUCACUUCUCAUUCAUUAUUUAAAGCAAACUCGCCUUAUAUGAGUAAUAUGAGUGCCAUGAACCAGUUAUUAAUCACUUUAAUUGAUUUGUCAUAAUCAUAACAACGUACUUAAAUUUUAAACAUUUAUUUAUAUGUAUUUUAAAAAAGUAUUAACACUGAUGUGCGUUUUUAACAUGAUGUUUUGAAGUAAAAGAGGCUGUGUAGAAUACUA